AUGGACCAAAUCACGUCGAAAUGGACGGAUUUGAACGGGAAAAUUAGUAAAUUCAACGGUUGUUUCAUUCAAAAGAACCGAAAUCCACAAAGUGGAGCGAGCGAGGCGACUAUCAUGCAAACCGCCACAGAAGAGUAUUGCCGACUCUACAAAAAGAAAAGUUUUCCACACGUGGCGGCAUGGGAGGUUGCGAGACGUCACCCGAAGUGGGUGCCGGUUGAUUUGGUCGAUAUGGGUGGGCCUAUGGCUCCUAAAAAAAGAGGAGGUCCAAAAAGAUCAAAGACGUCCGAUUCGGGGAACUACACGACUUCCGCGUCUGAUAACUUGCCCCAAAUGAAUUUAAAUGACGACCCCGUUGACGAACCCGAUCAACCCGUUGACGAACCCGAUCAACCCAUUGACGACCCCGUUGAAGAAGAUACACCUACAAGGCCGCGCCGCAAGAAAAGUGGUGAAUCGUCAAGCAAAGGAAAGGAAGCGGUGGCGGAGUCGAUCUUCAGAAUCGAAGAGGCGAAAUUGGCGGAAAUAAGCGACUCCAAACAAAGAAGAGAAAAACUUGUAUCCGCAAAACUUGAACGCGAGCACGCGUACAUGGGACACUUGAAAACGGUAGAAAGACAAAAUGAUUUAAAAAUCUUGUGUGAGCCGCACGCCCAUCUCGACGAACCGUUUAAGUCGGUCGUAAUUCAACAAAAGUGCGAGAUUUGUGAAAGGUUGGGUUGGGAGAUGCCACCCGUUUAA